GCCGUCUGUUGAUAUCUUCCCUCCACUGCCACUGCCUUCUCCGUCUGUAUCCCUGUGUCCAGGAUGCUCCAGGCAGUGGCAGAAUAGGUUAGGUCCGUCUACGCCGCAGCGCAACUGGUGGAGACCUAUACAAGCGCCUACCAUUCGUCUAAGAUGCUGGUAGUAGGGCUAAUCCAGGAUAACUGUCCUUGCACGUCGUUGGCCGUCCUAUCUGCUGACAGAUGGUAUAAUCCUGGCACAUCCAAAAGCGUUCCCCGGGAAGUGCGUUGGCGCAGCUAUCACCUGCCUGGUGAAAAGCUGGUGCGCAUGGUUAACUUCGGUAAAUGUGGGCUUGCUGGGCAUCUAGCUGACGACGAGGAGAGAUAUGGUGAAGCAGUCUUGUCCGUUUUCUGAGUGGUUGGACAAGGACGCGCUCUCAACUGGGAGCAGUGACACACAUCAUCGAUGAUGGAGUAGGCACUGGAGUCACACUACCAACUCGUGUGGCUGUGAAACAGAUCAAUAUGAAUACUGGAC